AUGGCCGAAAUGAUUCACAAUAACCUACCGGUAUUUGACGACAAGGGUUACGAUGAUUGGUGCGUGAAAAUGGAAGCGAUUCUUCGGUUUCAAGAAGUUGAUGAAAUAGUGAAGAAAGGUUUUCAAGAACCUUCGAAAGGCGAUUCAGAAGAGGUAUCAAAAGCUGCCACGACCAAAGAAGUUUGGGACAUUCUGCAGGAUGGUUAUGGUAAUUCCAGCAAGGUGAAGAAGGUCUGUUUGCAGUCCCUACAGAGACAAUAUGAGCUCCUAUGCAUGGGGGAGCAGAAAAUGGUGGUGGAGUACAUUGGCAGAAUUCAGAUCGUGGUGACUACUAUGAGAGCAUGUGAUAAGGUUGUUAAGGACAAAAAGAUUGUCGAGAAGAUACUUCAAACCUUAACACCACAGUACGAUCACAUCAUGGUUUCCAUAGAGGAAUGCAAGGAUCUUGAAACGAUGAAAGUGGAAGAACUGCAGAAUUCUUUGGAGGCGCAUGAGCAGAGAUUAAUCGAAAGGAAGAAUACGGAAAAGGCGUUGGUUCAAGGCACAAAUCAAGCCUUGCAAGCCAUAAGUAAUCAAAGCUUCAAGAGCCGAGGAGUUGGAAUAGGCAGAGGACGGACACGCAGUGGCCGAACUGGUGGUAAAAGCAUAAACUUCUCUGAUUAG